GGCCUCCACUAGUGCUGCUGCAGGCAACACAGAAGAAGGUUGGGGAACGCUGCCUGCGAUGCCGGGCGGUGGAGGAAGAGGAAAAGGGAAAGCAUGGGGCGGAAGGGGAAGAGGCAGAGGGCGGUCGGUUAUUCUUCUGCCUGGGGUCACAGAGGAGUCAGAAAUGGAAAUAAGAGAAAUUAUGGAGAGGUUUCAAGCAAGCGAUGAGAGAGAAUUGCAUUUUGACGCGGACUUGAGCAAGCCUGAUCGGGCGCUUGUUCAUGACUUGGCAAUGAAGAUGGGCAUGACCUCGAAAAGCACUGGGAAGGGGGCGAAUCGAAGGGUCUGCGUAAGGAAGAAGCGUGUGCGAAAACCGUCAUCCUCAUCAGCCACAGAGCUUUUCUUCAGAGAUGAAUCCCAAGCAGUCAUCAUGGAGCUUUUUGCUAUGUUCCCCCCAACCGAGGAGGAGUUGACGUCCGCGCUGGGCGAUCGGGGCGAGGAAAGCAGUCCCCAUGUCAAGCCGUGGAGGCCCAGGCCGGUGGCUGUGGAUCCGAUGGUUUUUGUGAAGCAACGGGCUGAGUACGCGGCCAGAUUCUCAAACCCAGCGUUGCAAAAAAUUAAUGAGCAGCGUAUGAAACUUCCGAUAGCGUCAUUCCAAGAGGUGAUCAAUGAGGCGGUCGUCCGGAAUCAGGUGGUGCUUAUUGCUGGAGAAACUGGAUGUGGAAAGACAACACAGGCUCUGCUCCGGUACCAGUCUGUGACAUGCCCAGAAGAUAAAUCGCAAGACAAGCUGAAGCUGAGGGACUUGCUUCCGACGAGGCCAGACUUGCGCUUGGUUAUGAUGAGCGCGACACUUAAUGCAGAUCUGUACUCCAAAUACUUCGGUGGAUGCCCGCUCAUUGAAGUUCCUGGACUCACCUAUCCGGUCCGCUCGUAUUUUCUGGAAGACAUUCUGCCAAUUACGUACCCCGGCCUCGCUGGAAAAGGCGAGGCCUCCUCGUCACUGAAAAAGGCGUCAAGGAGAGAGCUGUCAGAGGAUGAUCAGGCUGCCAUGGACGAGGCGCUGGCUAAUGCCUGGUUUCAGGAUGAUCUGGAGUCACUGAUGGAGCUCGUGACCGGGUGUGAUAAUAGCGCGGACCAGGAACUGGUAGUCAAUUACCAGCACAGAUCGACAGGCGCCACUGCAUUGAUGGUGGCAGCUGGGAAGGGAGCAGUUGAUGAGGUGGCGCUUCUUCUUGCAAAUGGAGCUGAUACGACGCUUGUCGCAAAUGAUGGCAGCAGUGCCUUGGAUAUGGCCCUCGGCGCAGAGAAGGAGGAUGUUGCUGACAUGCUGGUCAAAUGGUCAGAGAAGCUAGAAGCACAGCGCGCGUCCGAAAAGGCGGCAGAAGACAAAGCCAUCGACAAUCUUCUAGGAAGAUACUAUGCAUCAGUACCAGAGGUGGACGCUAUAGAUACGGACCUGGUUCAGAAACUGCUGGAGCACAUUUGCAGCCCUGCGAACGUGGAGGAAUUCGACAAGAAAGACGGCGCAAUCCUUGUGUUCUUGCCUGGUUGGGAGGAUAUACUGAAGCUGAAGGAGCAAUUGCAAAACCAUCCCAUGUUUGGCGACCCAGCUCAGUGUCAGAUUCUGCCUUUGCACUCCAUGGUUGCUUCGCAGGACCAGCGAAAGGUGUUUCAAAGGCCACCAAAGAAUGUGCGGAAGAUUGUUCUUUCCACAAAUAUCGCGGAAACUGCAGUGACGAUCGAUGACAUCGUGUAUGUUUUAGAUGGAGGACGGGCCAAGGAGAAGAGCUAUGACCCCUUCACAAAUGUCUCAACGCUUCAGGUGUGCCACACUGUCACUGCCAGCUCCAUAGACCUUGCAAUGCCGGCAUACCAAGUGGCAGAGAUGAAGCGUAUGCCUCUAGAGGAGCUCUGCCUGCAGGUGAAGUCGAUCAAUGAGAAUAUAAAGGUGAAGGAUUUUCUUGGGAAGGCAUUGGAACCGCCAAUUCCAAAGGCCGUCUCCAAUGCAGUUCUUUUGCUACAAGAUAUUGGCGCUUUUGAUCACGAAGAGAAGAUAACCCGACUUGGAAAGCAUCUUGCAGCGCUGCCUUUGCAUCCGUGCACCGGCAAAAUGCUCUUGCACGCGCUUCUCUUCGAUUGCCUUGAUCCCGCCCUGACGAUGGCCUGCGAGGCCUGCUACAGAGACCCGUUCUCCAUUCCUGUAGCUGUGGAGCAGGUAACGGUAGAGAAAAGGUCGACAGACCCGUUCUCCAUUCCUGUAGCUGUGGAGCAGAGAAAAAGGUAUUUUGAUGUAAAGAGGAGAUUCUCGGAUAAGCUGGGUGGCUGCAGCGAUCACCUGGCUGUCAUCUCACUAUUUGAAGAAUGGGAUAUUGCGAGGAGAAAGGGCCGGGAGAGGGAGUUCUGUGUAAAUAACUUCGUCUCGAAUGCUACCAUGUUCAUGCUGUCGGGGAUGCGGCAGCAGUUGGUUACGGAGUUGAGAUUCAAGGGUUUUGUGAAGGAUGACGUCUCGCCGUGCAGCGGCUGUGCCAAAGAUCCGGGUAUCGUGCGUGCGGUGCUCACAGCGGGAAUGUAUCCUCAAGUUGGAAGCGUGCUGCCGCCAAUGAAAGGGUCGAGAUCAAUGGUGUUGACCCCUCAUGGAGAAAAGGUACGAAUUCAUCCGCAUUCGUUGAAUUACAGACUAGCUGGGAGAAUGUCCGACAGCGGAGGAGAUGGAGGUAGUGCGAACCGCUCAGCAGGUGAUAGCCCGGCAGCAUGGCCGCUGAUCGUCUACAACGAGAUCACAAGAAACGACUCUAACGUGUCUAUUCGCUCUAGCACAUUGGUGAAACCGCACGCCAUAGUUUUUCUGGCAGCGGAGAUGGUGGUUGCGCCGCUUUCAGGAGAGGAGGAAGAAGAUGAGGAGGAGGACGAGGAAGAGGAGGGGGAAGAAGAAGAUGAAGAAGAAGAUGAGGAGGAUGAAGAGUACGAUGAGGAUGAUGAGGAAGAAGACGAGAUCCAUAGGCUGGCUAUGCUGGAAAAGAAGCAGAAGCUCGCAGAAGAACGACGGCGAGAAAAAGAGCUCAUUCGCCAACAAAAGCAGCAGGAGCAAUUGAUGAGUGAUGCCGACAAGCCUGUUGCGGUUGUGAUUGAUCGAUGGCUGAGAUUCAGGACAACGGCAAUGGUAGCCGCCCAGCUUUUCUGCUUAAGGGAGAGAAUGUCCGCCGCAUUUGCCUUCAAGGUGAAGCAUCCAUCGCUGCCUUUGCCGCCUGUUUAUGACAUGACGAUGAGGGCGAUAGCUCAUGUGCUUUCGUGUGAGGGAGAAGUCCCAUCAGUGGGAAGGCCGAUGUGGACAGGUCCUGAGGAGGUGAAUCAGGAGAUGUGGUCGGAUAGCCGACGUCAGACAUGGCAGGCGAUGGGAACCUUCUCAGAUGAGCCAGAAUGGGAAGGAAGGGGGGGGAGGGGGAGGGGGAGGGGGUAUGGCGGAAGUAGUAGCAGCAGGGUUAACCAGAGUGGAAACCGACGGGGAGGCGGCGGGAGAGGGCGUGGUGCUCGCGAUCCGGACAUGCAAAUUCUGCAAUCCAGGGGUGGGGGCAGAGGCCCAAGGGUAGGUGGUAUGGGGGGUGGCGGCAGCGUUGGAGAGUGGUCUGGGUUCAUGAAUAAAAGGCAAAGGGAAACUGGGGGCAUGUGACGGGAUUGCGGUCGGACCGCGCGGCGGCGCUUUCGUGACUCGCAGCACGCAAGAAGCAGCAGCAAAACGACUGCUACAAAUGACCGGCAUGAUGAGUUCAGCAAGCAAAGCGGCGUUUCUGGGGCGUAGUGUAUGCGAUCACGACGGAGCACCAGAUUGCCCCUCCUACUGGCAGAUUCACAAUGUGUCUCGUGCAUUUCUCCGCCUUUCUCGAACAUAACACCGGGGGUAUUCCAAAAAAAGAACAGAAAAACAGAUGGGGGUAUUUCACCUCCAUGCCGAGGGGGGGUGUUGAUAUCUGUACGUUGACGUUCAUUGGUGUUUUAUGUGUGUUCGUACCCAAUCGCCCAGGCAGCCCCCUCUCAUGGGAAUGCCCUUGUCAGAUUGGUGCAGGGGGGAACUCCCCAGUACUUCCCUGUUGUGGUAUAUGAGGUCGCUCAAGUAGACCGCGUGUCGGCUGCUAGGAUCAACUUCUGGUCCUCUUGGUCUAUACUCACUCUCCUUAACGGCGAUAAGUAGAUCCGAUCCUUCGCGUCUGCUCUGCAACGGAGCUCACUCUUUGUACCUGAAUGUACUCUUUGUCCAGGUUCUGGUCCUCCUGGUCUAUACUCUCGCUCCCCUAAACAGGGAUAGAUAGAGUCGUGUUUGUGUAGAAUGUUGCACAGAAAGGUGUAGAUUGAACAGAAAAGGUGUAGGCUUAAGGAGAACCAGU